AUGCAACAGUCGACCAAACAACCCAACGACAACUUCAAAUGACCAGCACCAACAAAGGACACACUUAAGACUGAUGGCCCUGUGAGGAGACAACCAAUGGCUUCCACAGGCCUCCGGAUCCAGUGCGAUGAUAACCUGCAGUCGAUGCUGGUGGGGACGGUGAUGAGGAAGAUCAAGUCUCGAACCUGGAAAAAGCAGAGACACUUCAGACUCCAGGACGACUGCAUGACCAUCUGGUACCAGUCCAAGAAGGCCGGCAACGCACACUCCACAUUCUCAGUGAGUGAUGUGGAGGCUGUUCGUGAGGGUCAUCAGUCGGAGGUACUUCUGUCCAUCGCAGAUGAGUUUCCGGCCGAGCGCUGCUUCACUUUGGUCUUUAGGGGGCGCCGUGGGAACCUGGAUCUGGUGGCCGAGUCUGCAGAGGAAGCCCAGUCCUGGAUCAGAGGGAUGAGAAAACUAAUCGAAAAUGUGGAAAACAUGGGAGAGAGGGAACGUCUGGACCAGUGGAUUGGAGACUGGUUCAAAAAGGCGGAUAAGAAUCGCGACGGGAGGAUGAACUUUAAAGAAGUGAGAGACCUGCUCAAGAUGAUGAACGUGGACAUGAACGAGCACCACGCACACAGACUCUUCACUAUGGCGGAUAAGUCCCAGUCGGGCACUCUGGAGGACGAUGAGUUUGUGUUGUUUUAUAAGAUGUUAACGCAACGCGAGGACCUGCUCCGAGUUUUCCAGGAGUUUUCCACAGAUGGACAGAAGCUUUCGCUCCGGGACUUGGGGGAGUUCCUGAGGGAUGAGCAGCUAGAGACCGGAGACCCCCAAACAAAGGCGCAGGAGCUGGUGGACAAAUAUGAGCCAUCUGAGGCAGCUAAGCAGAUGAAAGCGAUGAGUUUCGAUGGGUUCCUGAUGUACUUGGGGUCAGCGGAGGGAAACAUCUUUGACCCCAAACGCAGAGGAAUGUACCAGGACAUGGGGCAGCCUCUGAACUACUACUACAUCUCCUCCUCUCACAACACCUACCUGAUGGAGGACCAGCUCAGAGGCCACAGCAGCGUUGAGGGAUACAUCAGAGCUUUGAACAGGGGCUGUCGCUGUGUGGAGAUCGACUGUUGGGACGGAGCCAAUGCAGAGCCUAUAGUUUAUCAUGGACACACUUUCACCUCUAAAAUCCUGUUCAAAGACGUGGUCAGCGCUGUCGCCAACUACGCUUUCAAGGUUUCGCCCUAUCCCGUGAUCAUGUCCAUAGAAAACCACUGCAGCGUGGAGCAGCAGCGCGUCAUGGCCCAGCACCUCACCCUCAUCCUGGGGGACAAACUGCUGAAAACCACCCUGGAUGGAAGGCCUCCCAUCGGGCUGCCCUCCCCCCACGAGCUGAGGGGUAAGAUCCUGGUGAAGGCCAAAAAGAUCGGCGGUCUGGAGGAGAAUUUCUGUGGUUUGGGGGAGGAUUCUUUAACAGCAGAGGUCAGUGAUGAAGACGAGGGAGGAGAGAUCGAUGAAGACAGUAUCCACCGAGACAGCCUACGACGAAGAGUCAUGAAGUCGAAGCAGCGUUUGUCCAAGGAGCUGUCGGACUGUGUGGUUUACUGUAAGAGCGUUCACUUCAGGAGCUUCAAACACUCCAGAAUCCACUCCAAGUUUUAUGAAGUCGUUUCCUUCACCGAGUCCAAAGCCCGGAAGCAGCUCAAAGAGGCCGGAGCAGAGUUCGUGUACCAUAACGCCCGACAGCUCACCCGAGUCUACCCCAGCGGAUUCAGAACUGACUCCUCCAACUACAACCCCCAGGAAAUGUGGAAUGUCGGCUGCCAAAUCGUUGCAUUGAAUUUCCAAACUGCUGGGGAAGGCAUGGACCUAAACGAUGGCCUGUUCAGUCAAAAUGGCGGUUGUGGUUACGUCUUGAAGCCCAGUUUUAUGAGAGAAGCCGAAAGGAGGUUUGACCCUGACAACCCACAGAAACUGGACGGAUACCAACCACUCAUCCUCACUAUACAGGUGAUCAGUGGUCAGCAGCUGCCCAAAGUGAACAUAAAGGAGGGCUCCAUAGUGGACCCUCUGGUGAGAGUGGAGAUACACGGAGUCCCUCUGGACCAGAACAAACAGGAGACCAGGUGGAUCGAAAACAAUGGUUUUAACCCUGUUUGGUACGACACUCUUCGCUUCACGAUUCACGCACCAGAGUUGGCCCUGGUCCGUUUUGUGGUAGAGGAUUAUGACAAGACCUCAAAAAAUGACUUUGUCGGCCAGUACACUCUGCCACUGAGCUGCAUGCAACAAGGUUACCGCCACAUACACCUGCUGUCUAAAGAUGGAACCAGCAUCCCUCCGUCCUCGCUGUUCGUGCAUGUUCGCAUCACUGAGCUGUAGAAAUUGUGAAACAUUUAUAUAUGUGGCAGUUUAAAGCCACUUUACGUGAUUUUUACUGUCUCCAAAAGGUGAAAAACAGAACUAGUGGUACAAUGUUAUUCUUCACUUACCUUAUGCAUUCCGAGAAUCCUGAUUAUUCACCACAAUGAGUG